GAUAUCCAUGUCGUGUGUGACUUGGUCAAGUCAUGGUUCAGGUUGCUCCCCGAGCCUGUCUUCCUAUCAUCGUCAUCCUAUUUCAAUGUUAUCGAGGCAACGAAGCUCGAGAAUCUUAACUCGCGGCUUGCCUGUAUCCGGAGUGUCGUGCACGGGCUUCCUCAGGCAAACUUUGAUCUUCUGAAGAGGAUCGCAGUCGCAGAACAUCUCGAUAGGUGA